AUGAACCACACACUCGCAUGUUCUAAUUGGUCCAUUCGGUGUGCCAUUCUUAAUUCAGCUAUAGAAUUCACAGCUAAUAUCUUGGGAGAUGCUCAGAAGAAUGUCCCUCAAUAUAAGCAGGUCAUCGUUACCUCAUCCUUUACCUCGAUUAGAGAUCUGGAAAAAGGGCUUAGAACAGGCUACAUAUACAGCGAGAAGUAUUGGAGUUGA